ACUUCACUGAUAUAUACAUAUAUAAAGAGAGAGAAUCUCCUUCUAAGUAUUUUAAACAUGUCUGCUUCAAAGUCUUUCACCAUCUUGGUUGUCUGCCUAGCGAUGAUCAUGAUCAGUAUAGUUGCACCACCAGUCGAGGGUGCCCGUGCUUUCUUUGUGUUUGGGGAUUCACUUGUCGAUAAUGGUAAUAACAACUACUUGGUAACCUAUGCGCGGGCCGAUUCUCCUCCUUACGGCAUUGACUAUCCGUCCCAUCGUCCCACUGGCCGUUUUUCUAACGGCUAUAACAUUCCUGAUCUCAUCAGCCAAUAUCUAGGUGCUGAGUCGACAUUGCCCUACUUGAGCCCCGAGUUAAGAGGGCAAAGACUUCUGGUUGGGGCAAAUUUCGCCUCUGCAGGAAUCGGAAUUUUAAAUGACACCGGGAUUCAGUUCGCAAACAUAAUAAGAAUCUUCAAGCAACUAGAGUUUUUCCAAGUUUACCAGACGCGAGUUACUGCUCUCAUUGGGGCAGAAGAGACACAGAGGCUUGUGAAUGGGGCCCUCGUUCUUAUCACACUUGGUGGCAAUGAUUUUGUCAACAAUUACUUUUAUACCCCCGUUACUGCUCGAAGGCUUCAAUAUAGUCUCCAGGAUUUCUCACGUUAUCUCAUUUCUGAAUAUAAGAAGAUUUUAACAAGACUUUAUGAAUUGGGAGCCCGAAGGGUCCUUGUCACAGGAACUGGACCAUUAGGUUGUGUUCCAGCAGAACUGGCGCGAAGGAGCCUUAAUGGCGAAUGUGCGGUGGAGCCACAACGUGCGUCCGAAAUAUUCAACCCCCUUCUCGUCCAAAUGGUUCGAGAUCUCAAUCAGGAGAUUGGCUCAGACGUGUUCGUUGCUGUUAACACAAUGCAAAUGCAAAACAACUUCAUCAACAAUCCUCAAACCUACGGUUUUAUCACGUCGAAGAUAGCAUGUUGUGGACAAGGACCCUAUAACGGACUAGGAAUUUGCACACCUGCAUCCAGUUUGUGCCCCAACAGGGAUUUAUAUGCAUUUUGGGAUGCAUUCCAUCCAUCAGAAAAAGCGAACAAGAUUAUUGUCAAAACAAUACUCAGUGGUUCUCAGAACUACAUGUUUCCUAUGAACCUAAGCACAAUCAUGGCCAUGGAUUCCAGGACCUAAUUUAGUAAUGAUAUGAGAUCUUGAAAAUAAAUCUAUAUUAAAUUUAAGUAUGUAACCAGUUCUUAAGUUUGCUUCAAGUUGUUUGUAAUCCAUGCUCCAUUCACUGCACCUCAAUGCAGCUGAUCAAUAUGUGCGGUGAAAGGGGUGGGCGGUUGGGUCUAAGUGUGAAAGAUUUGUCAACUAGUUUAAUACAAUGCCCUGUCAUAUAAGAGUGCAAGCAAUUACUGUGUAGGGACGGUUCUCUUUUUUAUAGUUUUAUAUUAUUAUGUAAUUCUAGA